UUUGUCACUGAUGUGUUGAAAGAGUAAUGCUCAAAGAACAAUAUUAGGAAUAUAAUGAGUUAUGUUACUGUCUCUGCUUCUAAACACUCCUGCUCUUCCUUCUUUAACGAUAUCCAGCAGGAGAAUGCAUGGAGGACCUGUGAUAAAUAUUGUAUCAACAGCAGGAGCGGGCGGGGGAGGGCGACGGUUGGCCGGUUAGUCUAUGAAUGGACAGCAGGCGGCAGAGCGAAGUGACGGAAGUUAAAUGAGAACAGAAGUAGAUGGCGGGAAAGAUGAUGUAGAGGUGAAAUAAGAUAAAAACAAAGCGGAAAAGGAGAACAACAAGCAGAGUGAAAGUAAACCUGUAAUGUGGAGGAAACGGACAGUGAGCGCAGUGUAACCGUGACAACGAGACACGAGGACGGAUUUAAAGUGAUCAUAAAAUCGUCUUCAGACGGUCGUCGUUCGUCCAGGAGGCGGGAUUAAUGCACCUGUAAGCUGAUUUGUCAAACGCCAUCAAGCCCCGAAGAAGAACGGAGGAGGACAGCACUACUGUGGUAGAGGAGCGGUGUGUGUGCAGACAUGGCUGCUGUUGAUGAAGCGAACUGAACUUAGAGGAGAGACACAAACUAAAGUAUCCAUCCCCUCACGUCAGUGUGGAUCUGACACCGUCUGUAUCGCUUCAUCGAUGCUUGUAUCGAUCCGCUCAGCUGAUUGUUGAAGCAGCAAUGAGUUCAGUUCAGUAUCUGAGAGAGUUCAUCAAGGAGAGACUAACUGCUGUUUGUGAAGAAAUCUUCUCAGAGGUUCAAAAAACCAUCGUCCAGUAUGAGGAGGAGAUCAACCGUCAGCACAGACUGCUGGAUAUCAGCCGGAAACCCGACAGAAACUCACACAUCACAGACCUCCCACAACAACAUGACUGUGAGGAAGAGGAGGGUCUGGAUGAGCAGCAGGUCUGUAACCAGGAGAGGAACUCCAGUGUGGACCAGGAGGACCCAGAGCCUCCACAGAUUACAGAGGAACAGGAGGAACUCUGCAGCAGUCAGGAGGGAGAGCAGCUUGGACUGAAGCAGGAGGCUGAAGGCAUUAUUGUCUGGAGUGAUGAAGAGCAGCUCAGACAGAUGGAGACCAUCUGGAAACCUGUGAUAAAGUUACACAGAAUAGAUGUCCAACAGCAGCAUGCUUUUGAGGAAGAGGAGGUUUUUACCGACCAGGAGGUCUGUAACCAGGAGAGGAACUGCAGUCUGGACCAGGAGGACCCAAAGCCUCCACAGAUUAAAGAGGAACAGGAGGAACUCCGCAGCAAUCAGAAGGGAGAGCAGCUUGGACUGAAGCAGGCGACGGAUGCCUUCAUGGUGACAUCCGCUUGUGAGGAAAGUGCACACAGUGAACCAGAACCAAACAGUGAGCAGCUCCUUUCUCACAGCUCUCCUGAAGCAGAGAGCCAAGACCAUAAAAAAAAUCAGCAUGUGGACUCAGGAUCUAUUAGAAAUGCAGAGCUGAAGAAGAGACGUCACAGAAAGAGAAUAGACAACACUCCUGUGUCAUCGAGUCAAAGUAGAACGGACACAAAGAACAAGUCUGUACAAUGUGACGUGUGUGGAAAAAUUUUACAGAAUAAAUACUUAAUGACUACACAUCUAAGAAUUCACACAGGUGAGAAACUGUAUUCUUGUAGCACCUGUGGGAAAAGAUUUACUCAGAAAUCACAUUUGGACUGUCAUGUAAGAAUUCACACAGGUGAGAAACCGUAUCCUUGUAGCAUAUGUGGGAAACGAUUUAUUCAGAAAUCAGUGUUGGACUGUCAUGUAAGAAUUCACACAGGUGAGAAACCGUAUCCUUGUAGCAUCUGUGGGAAACGAUUUAUUCAGAAAUCAAUGUUGGACAGUCAUGUAAGAAUUCACACAGGUGAGAAACCCUAUCCUUGUAGCAUCUGUGGGAAACGAUUUAUUCAGAAAUCACAGUUGGACUGUCAUGUAAGAAUUCACACAGGUGAGAAACCCUAUCCUUGUAGCAUCUGUGGGGAAAGGUUUGUCCAGAGGAUACUAUUAAAGAAGCACAUGAGAAUUCAUACUGGUUAAAAUGUUCAUACUUAGAAAAUGUGGGAAAACCGUGAGUCAUUGCUGAACAUCUGAGUUAAAGGAGGAUCCAUAUUCAAGUGAGUAAUUUUCAGUCCAGAGCAGUAAAGUUCAGUUCAAUUUAUUACGUUAUUCUAUUAAUUGUAUGAGGGAAAAUGUGAUCUUACAUUUCAUGAAGGUUAAAGUUCAGCACCUGUUCUAUUGGUUCAUUGUUUAGCUCUGCUAUUCAUAGUAUUGCUUGAUAUACUGUAAUUUGACAAAUGGACCAAAAACCAGUCCAAAUCCUCUGGUUAAGAUUUUUAAUCUUUUGCUCAAGUGAGUUUUUGUCACAAUAAAAAUGAACAAAAGUGAGCAACAGUCAAGAAUUGUGUUUAUUCUUGUAAGGGAGCAAAAGUAUCAAAUACAAAGUUUUAUGUUUGAAGGGCGAAGUCCCCAGUACAUUUUGCCAGUCUCACCCUCCUUUAUCUUAAAACUGUCACACAAUAACACUUUUCCUUCUAGAGGUUUCUCACAUGGACAGUUAUGAGUGUGUGCAGUGCAAUGAGCAAUUUUUUUUCUUUUUUCUGCAAACUGGGAGUACUUCCAGGCACUAAGUGUGUCCUUGACUGUCAUACAGCUAACACCAAUUAGAACAUUGCAUAACAUAUUUUUACCACGAGAUGUAGGGCUGUGCGAUAUGACGAAAUAUAUAUGAUGAUGAUAUGAAAACAUCUAUCGUUUGAUAUUAUAUACUUGUCAUAUUAAACACUGUCGUUUGUUUAAUGGUGUUGGAAAAUAUACAGUUUCCUGCAAUUUUUUUUCUCUUCUAUCACCUACGUAAGCAUCACGUGAAAGGUUAUGGAUAGAGUUUAUGGAUGAGAAGCAAAAAUGAGCCGUCAAGUGCUCAAAAUAAACCUUAGACUCAAAUGUUAGCACAAGCUUUUCCCUGCAGCACGCCAUAUAAUAAAUACCCACAAAGAAAAGGUGGCCGUUACAAC